UUUACAGCCUAUUUACUUUAGGACAUACCCAAUGCUGCUAGCCUCAAAGUUCAUAUUUCACCGUUUUCAUCUGCCUUCACUGGAGAGACUUUUGCAACCAUCCUGCUCAGCAGCAAUACAGGAGCUUUGCGCUUGUCAAGAUGAAGCUAGAGUUUCGCUCCGCAGUUUUUUCGCUCACCAUCACAUUUGUGCUGUGUGGAAUCAAAGACCUCCACCAGCAUUUUGAACACCUUGGCCAAGCUCAGCCACACAACCCCCGUGGAUUCGGUAACGGAACCCUGAGCAUGGCCCAUCUCCCACCUGAGUUCCAUCAGGAGAAUACAGUGACCAAUGACUUAAGCGUCGAAGGAGACGACGACUACGAAUACCAGGACUGGGAAAAACUACUGAGCGAAGACUACUUUGACAUCAUCGAUCCAGAUAGCCCUCUGGAAUUUAAACAAGGGAAUAUUCUCGAGCUCUUCCAAGGGAAGACGAGAAUCCAGCGUCUUAACAUUCUCAACGCCGACUUUGGCUUCAAUCUCUACCGGAGCCUGAAGGACCACGUCAGCUCCACAGACAACAUCCUUCUUGCCCCCGUCGGCAUAUCCACAGCCAUGGCUAUGAUUUCGUUGGGACUGAAAGGGCAGACCCAGGAGGAAGUGCUGGACACCCUCGGCUUCAGGGACUUUAUGAACGCCAGCUCCAAGUAUGACAUGACGACCGUCCAUAGCCUCUUCCGUAAGCUCACGCACCGGCUCUUCAGGAGGAAUUUUGGCUACACGCUCAGUUCAGUCAAUGACCUUUACAUUCAGAGUUCAUUCCCCAUCCUGAGCGAGUUCCGGAACAACCUGAAACUGUUCUAUUGCGCCAAGGCUCAGUCGGCCAACUUCUCAGACCCAACUUUUGUCGCUAAAGCCAACGAGCAGAUUUUGAAAAAUACCAAGGGAUUAAUCAAGGAAGCACUGGUGCACGUGCACCCCACCACCCUUAUGAUGAUCCUCAACUGCCUUUACUUUAAAGGGACCUGGGAAACCAAAUUUCCAGCAGAAAUGACCCACAUGCACUCUUUCCGCCUGAACGAGAGAGAGACGGUGAAGGUGCCCAUGAUGCGAGUCAAGAGCAACUUCCUGGCCGCUGUAGAUAAUGAGCUGGACUGUAGCAUUCUGCAGCUGCCGUACGUGGGCAACGCCAGCAUGCUGAUCGUGUUGCCCAAUAAGCUAGCCAGCAUGAAGACCCUGGAGAAGCAACUGACGCCGCAGGUGGUGGAAAGGUGGAGGAAGAGCAUGACCAACAGGACUAGAGACAUAACAAUACCUAGAUUCAAGUUGGAUAAGAGCUACGACCUGAUUGCGCACCUGAAGACCCUGGGAAUCCGUGAACUCUUUACCCCAAAUGGCAACUAUUCAGGCAUAUCGGCAGAGCAGAUCAUCAUCGAGACGUUCCGUCACAAAGGGACCAUCAUAGUGAACGAAGAAGGCACGGAGGCGGCAUCUGUGACCAGCGUGGGCUUCAUGCCCCUUUCCACUCAAAUCCGCUUUAUGGUCGAGCGGCCUUUUUUGUUUCUGAUUUACGAGCACCGUACCAGCUGCCUGCUUUUCAUGGGCCGGGUGGCCAACCCAAGCAAGUCUUAAAAGCAGGGGUGUGCUUCAAGGCGAAUGCAUCGAGGCAACGCAUAUUUUAAUAUAACCAUUUAAUACGCUGAUUUUACGUUGUCGUGUCGGUGACAAGCACAAUCGGGACGAAAAUGCAGCAUCCCUUGAGCGAACGCUGCAGAAAUAGAUGAUUUAGCUAGAAUUUGUAAGCCAACUACUAUAUUUUGUUCUAAACUGUAUUGCUCGGUUUCAACGUGGAGGACAGUGACACUGACUACACAUCUUAGUGGAAGUUUCCCAUGCAUCCUUUGGAAGGAAUGUAAUUAGCUCCAUAAAUCUUUCAAAAGUCAACCCAUUUGCGAUGAGCACCUUUAGGUUAGGAACAUCAGAACAUAGGAAGCUGCCUUAUACGGAGUCAGGCCAUUGGUCCAUUUAGCUCAGGAAUGCCGACACUGGCUGGCAGCAGCUCUCCAAGGUUUCAGGCAGGAGUCUCUCCCAGCCACACCUGGAGAUGCUGCCAGGGUGUGAACCUGGGGCCUUCUGCAUGCAAAACAGAUGCUCUUCCACUCAGCUAUGGCCCGAUAUCUUACAGAAGACAGUGCUCACACGCUGUUGCCCAUCCAAAGGCCAACCCAGGUGAAAUGUGCUGAGCAAAAGCGACAAUUCAUGAUCGCUACCACAAGACUGUCUCUCCAUCCCAAAGAGAAACAUAGUAAACUACGGUUCUAGGUCUCACCCCAAACAGAAACACAGUCCUUUGGAUCCAUCUAGCUCAAUACAGGAGGACCUUGUUACACGUGGAUUUUUCUUCUGCGGUUUUGCGUAUCCACGGUCGGGUAAUUGGCACCCAACUGCGGUAUACAAGGGGGAGGAGGGUUAACCUCGCGUAUCUGCCAGUCGGGAGUGGCUGGAAGUGAUCCCAGAGGUCACUUCUGGCUGCCAUUUUGAGCAAUUUUAUGGCUCAUUUUCAUCCAAAUAUGGCAUUUCCCCCAGUGAUUUUUCAUGGAAAAAUUGGGAGUUUGGGCCUUGGGUGGCAUCGCUGGACUUCUGAAGGCCCGGGGAGCACGGUAGGGCCCUUCCGUUUGCCAUUUAGGGGGCUUUUUUUGGCAUUUUCAGUGGGUUUUUUCAGGCAUCGGGAACCUAACCCCCACAAUGCCAUAGACUUAAUGCCUUGGUAUUUGUGGUUUCGGUAUUCGUGGUACUAGUCGGGAAUGCAACCCCCACAAAUACCGAGGUCCUCUUGUAUAGUCUACACCGAUGGCCAACGGCUCCUCCAAGGUUGCAGGCAGCUCUCUCAGCCUAUCUGGAGAUGCCAGGGAGGGAACACACAACCUUCUGCAUGUAAAAAACCUGCUCUCACACAAAUAUGGCUCCUCCCUUAAGAAGCUUUUAAAACCCAAGAUUAUGAUUACGAUUACAUCUCUCUCUCUCUCUCUCUCUCUCUCUCUCACACACACACACACACACACAAACUAACAAAGUGUCAUACUGAGAAGGUUUAAACUACCACACCCGCAGUGUCAGAUUCAGAAUGGUCAGAUCCACAAGCCGUGUGCUACAUUAACUGGACUGACCCUUUCUUCUGAGAUGUGUUACCAGCUUGAGAGACCAUCCCUGAUCAUUUGUACACCUAUUCACUUUCAAAGACUAGACGUUUACAUUGGUCUCUAGGAAUUAUGCAAGUGUAAUUCUUCCAGUUCCAACACAAACACAUUUGGGUGCAUAAAUAAAAGGUUAGAAAAUUCAUCUCUGCAAAGCUAAUCUGAGUAGCACCAAAAUAUUGAUAAUCUAGCUUGCUUUUUAACAAUGGGAACAUAAACCCAGCUGCACUGUUUAGGAACCAAUGGAUUACUGUUUUGCAACAAUGCCUCAACCUAUUUUCAGUCUAAAAUAUUGCCUGUCUGUGUCAAGAACAAAUCUGCACUUUGGACAAGAAGUUCAGUGUACUAACAUGUAUGCAACCUUAACAAGGUCACAAAAUGCACCACAAGCAAUUAAUGCAGACAUCCACUGUAGGAUGGCUCCUACCUUUUUAUUUUUUUAAGGAAUGCAAACUGAAGUUCGAAAAUUGUCUGAUAUAAAGAUUACAUCUCUUAGUACAUCAAUAUGGUUAUCAAGUUCAUGCAUGUAAUUAAAAGAUUAAGGGGGAAACCUGACUUUGAUUCUGCAUGCAGAUUUUAUUUUGAUUUUCUUUUAGAGCCAGUAAAAUUUGUAGUUCUGCCCACUGGUAA